AAUUUUUUCUAUGGCCAUUCAUUUAAACCUGAGCCACGCGGUGGUCACAUGGCAACACUUGUCAAUGAUAAAAUUUAUUUCUUGGGUGGGUCACUGCCUAUACCUAAAGAUUCACCCGCAUGGAACCUGACCCAUCAGUAUAACCUAUCAGACGAGGUGUUCUAUUUAGAUCUUUCGACAUCAUUUACUGUUGAUUUACCUCCGUUCACUGAUCUUUCUGCUAAAUCAAGAAUGCCAUUCGGCAGUGAAAAGGGAACAACAGUAUUAGGGGAUAAUGGUCAGCGUAUAUAUCUUGUUGGCGGUGUGCAGCAAAAUAUGACAACAUUUAAUUACAAUGCGUCAGAUUCUAUACUUUGGCUUUAUAGUAUAAAUUCGCCAAAAUGGAGUACUAGUGGAGCAGGAACUCAAGGAACAAUACUGCU